AUGGCAGAUACGCAGAUAGUGGUUGAUAAGGUCUUACAGAAAGAUGUAAAUAAAGUGUUUUCAACUGCAGUGGAAAAUGCGGAGUUAAUUGACAUAGAUGAAGGCCUCUUGCUAGCCACCACCACUGGAAAUUUAAAUAUAAGGGCAACGCAUGAUUUUACUAGACAAAAUGGCGAGGAAGUAAUCAGACAGAGCACACGAAGUGCGGUCCAAACACUGUUUAAUUCCUUGUGGCAGCUUCCUGUUGAGCAAGUUGAAGGCACCUAUGUUGUGACUCUCCCAGAGAUUAAGAUGUGGCUGCCAAGGGAGAAGCCUAUCCCAAAGAAAAGAGCAGUAACGAAAUGGCAGGAGUACGCCAAAUCAAAGGGCAUCUUAAAUAAGAAAAAAUCCAGAAUGGUGUGGGAUGAGGCUGCCAAGGAGUACAAGCCUCGCUGGGGUUACAAAAGAGCCAAUGAUGGGACUCAAGAUUGGCUUAUUGAGGUACCUGCAAAUGCCGACCCCAUGGAGGAUCAGUUCGCAAAAAGGCAAACUGCCAAAAAAGAAAGGGUUGCUAAAAAUGAGUUGCAAAGAUUGCGAAACAUUGCCAGAUCUCAAAAACGUAAAGUGCCAGGUGUUGGCUUGACACCAACAGAACAGCCAAGUAAGGAUACCUUAUCCAAAGCCCUAGUUGUUGCUCGCAAGUCAACAGCUUCUUUGGGCAAAUUUACAGAGAAACUACCUAAAGAGAAGCCGUCCAAAUUUACAGGCAAGAAAAGAAAGUUUGAGCCAUCUAUCGGUGAUCUCAAAAAUGAAAGGGAGCGGCAAUUAAAAAUCCUGGAUGUUAAUGCCAAGAAAGUUCCCACAAUAAACGUCACGAAAGCUACAAAUAGAGCUCUUAGAGAAAGCGAGGAGCAGCGGAGUCGAGAGAGACCAAGCAGAAAAACACCAAAGAAACAAAAAGGAAAAGGUGCCUCUGCUGGAAGGAAGGGAGGCGGUAAUAAGAAGAACAGGGUCAAGAGAAACAAGUAG